AUGCCACAGAGUGAUAGUGAAGAUUUCGAGAGUGCUGACGAGGGACAUUCAAAUGCUACUAGAAAAGAAAGAAAAAAGCGCAAUUCCUCUUCCAACUACAGUGAUAAUUUGGAUUCCGACUUUGGACAACGGAAACCUCAACCUCAAGAGUCAAAUGCAACCGAAAAAGUUGCAACAACAGAUGGUUGGGAUGAUUUUGAUUUAGACGAGUCUGAAACAGUAAAAGAAACACAUUUAAAGUUUGAAAAUGACAAACCUAAAACAAGUUCAGCUCAAGAUACUGGUUGGGAUGAUUUUGGUGACUGGGGUGAAAGUGGUACUGUUAAAAGUGAGGAGAUUAAACAAAAUACAACUUUAGAGUAUAGUAAUAAUGCACAAAACCAGCCAGUUACAACUAAAGAAACAGAAAAACAAAUUAAAAGUGAUGGAUGGGGGUGGGGUUGGGGUGUUGACUCGCUUCUUAGCUCUGCCACCGCAGGAAUUAGCACAAUUACAAGUCAAGUUUCACAGGGUAUUUCAACUGUCCUUGAAACGGGUAUUGGUGCCCCAAAUCCAGAAGAAUUAGCUCGAAUCACUAAAGAAAAGGCAAAGAUUGCAGAGACUGAGGUUUCAGAAGAAAAGCAAGAAGUGACCGAUACAACCUUUCAGUUUGGGAGUCUUUUAUCUGGUGUUACUAAAUUCGUUGAAAAUACUGGUACAAAAGUAAUCUCAGGUGGUCUAGAUACCCUAGAGGUUAUUGGUAAAAAAACAAUGGAGGUUCUUCAAGAUGGAGACCCCGGAUUGGUCAAGAAACGGGCAAUGCUUGGUCUUGAAACUGAGAAGCCCAUACUCUCCCAAAUACUAAGAGAGGCAAAGGAAAGGGGAGAUGAGGAAGAUAAAAUGAAAGAAGCCAAACGGGAAGCAAAGGAGGUCCAUUAUGAGUCGCUGUUUGAUGAUUUUGAAGGUCUAGUUCACUUAGAAGCAUUAGAAAUGCUCUCGCGUCAGGUGAGCAUGCGUAUAGAGGAACGCCUGCGCAGCUCCGACCCCGAGAAGAGACAGGAUAUCAAAGAAACAUUACAGCAAGUUGCAGAACUCUGUGAGAUGCCAGAGGAAGAUGAGGAUGAUGAUUAUGAGGAAUCUGGUGAUCUGUCGAAAGAGGAUGUGUUCCACGAACGUUUGCAGAGGGCAACAAGGGAUAUCGGUCUGAAAUUGCAGUUCCAACCGCUUAUAAAACAGUACACGGAAACCUUAACCUGGCUGGAAUCCAAUGAGCUAAACGAAAAGGCGAUUUAUAAACGCGCCGUUAGCGGGCUUGCGCACGCGACGGCGUGUUGCGUGGAACUGUAUCACAAAACUGGGGAAAUGCUGCUUGUUAAGCCAAGAAGGUCUACCGCGGAUGAGGCAGAUGCUUUGACUCAAUUAACCGUAGUUUUGACGAAACACGUCAGCGAAUUGGCGACAAUAUUUACCGAAGAGUUAAGCAAGAAGCAAGGAGAAGAUAAGGAGUCCGUAAACAACUAUAUAACCAACGUUUUCUUGGAAGCUGGAAACAGUUCAAAGUACAUACAAAAUGCAUUCCAGUUAACCUUGCCUAUUAUACAAAUUGGUGCCGUUUAG